CCAGAUAAACCAGUUUUCAGUUCAGAGUUAAUCCUGAGUGAUCGCCUCUUUGUUUGAUCGAAAUAUCACAUCUAGAGAUUUCACCUUUAUCCUACCGUGAUGGCUGGCGGAGGGUUAGCGGUAGCCGCCGCCGGAGGAGUAGAGUUUGAGGCCAAAAUCACGCCUAUUGUCAUCAUCUCAUGCAUUAUGGCAGCAACCGGCGGCCUUAUGUUUGGUUACGACGUCGGCGUUUCAGGUGGAGUGACGGCGAUGCCGGAGUUUUUGAAGAAGUUUUUUCCGGUGGUGUAUAGGAAGACGGAGGAAGGCAAACUUGCAACUUUCUUCGCGUCUUACACCACGAGGAGACUUGGAAGAAGGCUGACUAUGUUGAUUGCCGGAGUUUUCUUCAUCUUCGGAGUUAUUUUCAAUGCCGCUGCUCAAAACCUUGCCAUGCUCAUUGUUGGGAGGAUUUUGCUUGGUUGUGGUGUUGGUUUUGCUAAUCAGGCUGUUCCAGUAUUUCUAUCGGAAAUAGCACCCACAAGAAUACGUGGAGGUCUCAACAUCUUGUUUCAACUUAAUGUCACAAUUGGGAUUCUUUUCGCCAACCUCGUAAACUAUGGAACAGCAAAGAUUGAAGGUGGUUGGGGGUGGAGACUCUCCCUAGGGUUAGCCGGAAUCCCGGCGUUGAUGUUGACAGUCGGCGCACUCUUGGUGGUUGACACACCAAACAGUUUGAUCGAAAGAGGCAAAUUAGAAGAAGGAAAAGCUGUUCUUAGAAAGAUACGAGGAACUGAUAAUGUGGAACCGGAGUAUUUAGAGCUCGUUGAAGCAAGUCGUAUCGCUAAAGAAGUCAAACACCCAUUCCGCAACCUCCUCCUCCGCAAGAACCGACCACCACUCAUCAUCUCCAUCGCCCUACAAUUCUUCCAACAAUUCACCGGCAUCAACGCCAUUAUGUUCUACGCGCCGGUGCUAUUCAGUACACUCGGCUUCGGAAACGACGCUUCUCUUUACUCCACCGUGAUCACCGGCGCCGUCAACGUCCUCUCCACGAUCGUAUCAAUCUACUCCGUCGACAAACUCGGUCGCCGGAUUCUUCUCCUGGAAGCCGGAGUCCAGAUGUUCUUCGCACAAGUUGUAAUCGCAAUCAUCCUCGGAAUCAAAGUCACUGAAACCUCGGAUAACCUCAGCACUGGUUUCGCUGUUCUGGUUGUGAUCAUGGUGUGUACGUUUAUCUCGGCGUUCGCAUGGUCGUGGGGGCCGUUAGGGUGGUUGAUUCCUAGUGAGACUUUCCCGCUCGAAACACGGUCAGCCGGGCAGAGUAUUACUGUGUGUAUAAACUUGGUGUUUACGUUCGUGAUUGCUCAAGCUUUUCUGUCGAUGCUUUGCCAUUUUAAGUUUGGGAUCUUCUUGUUCUUUUCGGGGUGGGUGUUGAUUAUGUCGAUUUUUGUGUGGUUUUUGGUGCCGGAGACGAAGAAUAUUCCGAUUGAAGAGAUGACGGAGAGGGUGUGGAAGAAGCAUUGGUUGUGGAAGAGGUUUAUGGAUGAUGAUGAUGAGUAUGUUCAUCAUGAUGAUUUGGCAAAGAAGAAUGGGUUUGUUGGGCCUUUGUAGAGACUGGGCCUGUUUGUGUGAAAAUAUUAGGGUAAAGCUAUACAAAAAUAAAAGCUACAGAAAUACGGAAUAUGGAGUAUAAUUUAGUUGAUGUUUAUGAUUUGCUUUUAUUUUUUUUAGUCGGUAAAGUAUAAAACCGAAUAAGAAAAACAAUUCUAGAUUUUAAAUUUUAAUCUUGUUUGACCUUCUUCUUAUAUGAAUUUUACAACACUCUGAUGACAUUGUGACAUGAAGGUGCAUUAGGAAAAGUUUUAUCCUUAGU